AAGUAUGUGACUAUGAAGCGAAUGCUUAGUCUUAGAGAAAAGGAUAGGUGGAAGCCUAAAAAGAAAGAAAAGAAAGAUCCGAGUGCUCUAAAGAAAAGAGAAGUGCCCCAGCAUCCUUCUUGCUUGUUCUUCCAGUAUAAUAUACAGCUGGGUUCACCUUACCACAUCCUUGUCGAUACCAACAUCACCAACUUUUCCAUUAAAGCCAAUCUGGACUUAGUGCAGUCAAUGAUGAACUGUCUAUAUGUCAAGUGUAUUCUUUAUAUAACUGAUUGCGUAAUGGCUGAAAUUGAGAAAUUGGAACAGAAGUAUCGUGUGGCACUAAAAGUCACCAAGGUUCCAGGAUCUGACCAAUCGCCAUGCACACACAAAGGAACCUAUGCUAAUGUUUGCCUGGUACAGAAAGUAACUCAGCACAAGUGUUACAUUGUGGCCACAGUUGACUGUGACCUCAAACGAAGAAUCAGGAAGAUCCCUGGUGUUGCUAUCAUGUACAUUUCUAACCACAAAUACAACAUCGAGUGGAUGCCAGGUGAUUAUGGAGCCCCUCUCUGCUUCCAGUUCUCACUCUACAGAAUCUGUGUGCCAUUCUUGGACCAGCUUUCUCUCAUCAGUUAA